AUGUCUACCACGAAGUCGGUAAUAAGAACCAUCAAAAAUGUGGCCAACGGCUACUCCAAUGUGCAGGUGAUGGUUAGAAAUGCCACCAGUAACGAUCCCACAGGUCCCACGACCGCCCAGAUGGCAGAUGUGGCCAACCAUACGUACGAAAACGGAGAGUUCUUAGAGGUGAUGGAUAUCAUCGACCGUCGGCUGAACGACAAGGGAAAGAACUGGCGGCACAUUGCCAAGUCGCUCACUCUCUUGGACUACCUGGUGCGGUACGGGUCCGAGGACGUGGUUUUGUGGGCGAAGGAGAAUAUUUACAUCAUCAAAACCUUGAGAGAAUUCCAGGUAAACGACAUGCUGGGAGCCGACCAAGGAGCCAUUAUUCGAGUGAAGGCUAAAGAGUUGACGGCGUUGUUGCGCGAUGACGAAAGACUGAACCAGGAGCGAGAGCUGGCUAGACAGAGAAUGGCCGAUAGACGGACCAGGAGGAAAAACCGGAUGUCACCUGACGAGGACGAGUACGACGAGGCCUUGCAGAAGGCGUUGGAGGAGAGCCGCCUGACGGCCGAGGAGGAGGCCCGCAGACGCAGAAACCAGAGCGACGAGAGUUUGGAGAAAGCCAUCCAGCUCAGCCUCGAGGAGGAAGAGAUGCGGAAACGCAACAACAAUCUGCUCGAUUUGGACGACAACAACACGCAGCCGCCUCAGGUGUUCGGCUACUAUCCACAAGGACAAGACAUGGGUCAGAUCAUUGGCUACGAUAUGUACGGCAACCCGGUGUACGCCAACCAGCAGAUGAACACCGGGUAUCUCCAGAACGCGUACCAGGACGUGGCGAUGCAGCAGCAGAUGUAUCAACAGCAGCUGUACGAGCAGCAACUGGCGCAGCAGCAGGCACAGCAGAUGGCUGCGUACCAGCAACAACUGGCUCAACAACAGCUCCUUUUGCAACAACAACAACAGCAGCAGCAGCAACAGCAGCAGGUUCCGCUUAAGACAGGCUCGAACAACCCAUUCGCUCAUCUCCAGCAACAGCAGCAGCCACAGCAGCAGCAGGUGCCUUCGCAGCCUGCAAAGCCAGCUGAGCAAGGCCAACAGCAAGAGCCUCUUAGACAGACACCGACCGGUAUUCAGAAGAUGAACGAGCAGUAUUCGAAAUUGAACGCCUUGCUCGCCACCGGCACGGGCGUGGACACGUUUGGAAACAUCGGUGACACGAGAAUCCCUGCACAACACACAAAAACCGGAACAUUCAUCAACUCGUACGGAACAGGAAUCAAGCAGGAGACUGGCUCCAACUCGGCCAAUCCAUUCUUCGAUACACAAUAUACAGGAAUUCCAUCCACGGGAAUCACGCCUUCAUACACGGGAUACGGUUUCGGGAACCAGCAGGCGCAGAAGUCGGGCUCCAACGCCAACGGAGCCAGUCUGAUUGACCUCUAG